AUAUCAGUAUUCGCGGUUACGUCGUGGCUACGUACAACAUUAAAAAUGAUCCUAUUUUGGUUUCAUGCGACACCUAUCCGCUGUGUGAGUCACUGGUGAUCCAUAAUAUGACAAAGUGAUUUAAUGCUUCGAUGCUUCAGUGAGAUAAUCAUUAAGUUAAUUCAUCAGAUGAAUUUGACUGGAUCAACUGCAUAUCACUCGCGAACAAUAAGAGGCCGUGUUGAAAUGUCUUGUUGGUAUCACUAGUCCCACGAUGAUACAUAAAUAGAAACCGCCGGAGGAGACGUCCAACUGUCUGGUGCAUCCGCAAAAAUAGGAUUGUGUCAUUUUACGCUUCACUCUCUUUUCUGCCGAUCGUCUUCAAUUGUCGGAUAUGCGGCGAGAUUCAAGCAGUGAAAAGAUGGAUUCACUCGGCCCAUUGUCGCGGUAGGUACAAAUCAAGAUACAAAUCGUUCAGGCCCGAUGCAACAUUCGAAAUAAAGCAACGGGAUCUCGCGAUCGCGAUAGAUAAUCAUUAGCGAAAAAUUCACGGCUCUACGGCCCGGCACAAUGACGCCGCUGCCUUUUUGAUGUCAAACGAUCAGCCUGAUGACGACACCGCGAACGGUACAGAUUUGCCUACGGAUAAGAACAGCCUGUUGGGAAAUCUCUCUAGUAAACGGUCGUACGUCCAGGCUGUGACGUCCGGCUAUAAAGCUGCGACGAUCGAGCAAAGAACGUGGGACGAGGAGAGUACAAAGAGGAUCUUGGAAAGUUUCGAUUCAAAAGGAAGUGAUGAUGAAUCACGCACAUCUGGUGACAUUUGUCGAAUAUGUCACAUGGGCAGUUUUUCAACUAUUGAUGAGAAUCGAACAUCUCGUGAAAGACAGAGUCAGCCUAUUCGAAGAGUCGAGAGUCAAACAUCGACUUUAUCAUCCUACGCGUAUCUCGGCCCUUUGAUCUCAGCUUGCAAGUGUCGCGGGACAGUAGCGCUAGUGCAUGCAGAAUGUCUUGAAAGGUGGUUGACAGAAUCAGGUCACACAAGAUGCGAACUUUGUGGAUACAAAUACGCAACUAAAAGAGUACCGCGUUAUAACAUCUUCCGUAGCAUUGCGAUAUGGUUCAAUUCGGUAAUAGUGACUCGACAAAUGCUUCUAGAUAUAUUAUAUCUGGUAGUCACUACACCACUAGCCCUAUUCUCCUGUUACAUUUGUAUUCUAGCUCUAAGAAUGUUAAUAAAAAAUGGCUUACAAGAAAUGCCCUGGAUGAUUGUUGCCAUGCUUCCUACAUGUUCUCUUACUUUGAUUGCUUAUUGGGGUUGGAUAAUAACUUUAGCCAGACUACAUGGAAGUAGAUGGCGCCGUUAUUGGAGGAAUAAUUUCGUUGUACGUUUGGUCCCCGAUCACUCGAUCGUCGCAGAAAUAAAUCCGAGGCAAGAAGAUACCAUUGAGAACCAGUUUUAUUUCGGAAGAAACGAUAUGAGUGCCGAAACGAUGGAAAUUCGCGACACCACGACAAUUAAUGGCACCGAAUGAUUCCCAUAAGAUUUAAUUGUUGUAAUAAUUUCAUUUCAUUAAAAAUUUAAUUGAAAUUGAUUACCGACCAUUGAGAACAAUUAACUAUAUUAGAAAGAAUAAGUUUUCACAUUACUUCCGGUUGAUUUAUUCCAUGCGAUAAAUCGAAAUGUAUAUCUAACCUAAACAAAUCAAUAUUGUGCGUUCGAUUCUAUGAUAAUGUUUACCAUUAUCGUUGCAAUAGCGUUAUUUAUACUUUUGAUUCAUUUAAUGAUAACGAUUAAUAGCAGUUUACUUAAGAUUGUGCUUAAAUUUCAAAUAGCUGCACUAUUAUUAAUAAAAAAUAAAACUCAAUUGUAAAAUAUUAAUUUGAUUCUC